GUUAUAAUGUUUGAUGGUCUCCAUGACAACAUCUGUUGACAUGCAACAAUGGCGGUGAAUAGUGGGAUUGUAAACAGUAAUUAAAUUUGAUCAGAGAGAGAGAGAGAGGGAGAGAGAGAGAGACAAUGUUAAAGAUGGACAGUCAAAAAAGAUUUCUCAUAUCCCUAAAGAAAAGAAUUAUGUAUAUUCAAAUCAACUAAAUAUUCCAACACAUCAGAAUGUUCAAGAAGAAUCCAUGAAGGAAAGAAAUUUGUCUCCUGUUUUAGAAAAAGAGAAAAGUGGAGAAUUUGGAAAUAACGUAUCCGAAGAACCUGUGCAAGCUGACAGUGUGGUAGGAAGGGACAUUCCUCUAAUUAAUGAGAACAAUAAUGAAAAUGCCAAAUCACUGACUCAAGAUCUGAGAGACUCAACUCAAGAUCAUACCUAUCUUUCUCCUGAUGAAGAAAUACACGAAGAAAUUGGAGGGAAUUCACCACAAACACCAAAAAGAUACAUCAACAAAGAAUUUAAACCCAAAACUCCAGUCCCUUCAAUUUCAGUUGUUCCUCCUUCAGAUGAAAAAUCCCUUGCUAAACAGGAAAAGGAAAUUGUUGACAUGAAAGAGACAGAAGUAAUGUUAGGCAAUGCAGACCAAGAGAUAAAAAAAGCAGAGACUAAUGCCAGAAAUAUAUCCCAGAGUGCUGAAGUAUGUAGUGAUGUGGAGGAAUAUGAUUCUGUUAUUGAAGAAACUGUCAGCCCAGUGAACACCAGCUCUUCCAACAACACCAUAAAAGAUGACCCACAAGUACGUUAUGCAGAACUUGUUCCACACAACCAUAUUCAGCCCAAAAAUGUGGUUUUCCCAGAGAAUUUAGAGCCAUGCAAGGAUAAUACAUUUGAUAGUAAUGAUCUUAAGAAACCUACAAAAGGGGAUUCCAAGGACAAACAAGAGGAAAGGUUGGAAAAUGACUAUGAUAUGGUCAUUGAACGAGAUGGCCAUUUUGAUCUGGUUACUCCAGAUGAUAUGAACGCAUUGGUAAAUAGAAUGAAAAAACUGCCAGCCAAUGGUCCAAGAAAACAGAAAUCUACUAAAGACCAAAGACAACAACUAGAACCAAAAAGUCACCGCCCUCUAACAGCUAACUUGAACAUUCAACUCCAGCGGAAUAACCUUGAUAACCGUCCAUUUUCAACUUGUAGUUCCUACAAUUCCCCAUAUGCUUUAACUGCUGAGCAAAAGGAAGCUGUUCAGAAGCAGUUACGUAUAACCAAAGAAAAAAUGAGAAAGGCUAUGAUAGAAGAGAAGGCAAAGGAAAAGGAAAAGAAGAUAAUAAAUAAGAUGGCUUUUGAAUGUUGGCUGAAUCAAACCAAAGAGAAAGAAAUGGCAGUUAAGAAACAGUGGAAACUUCAGGAAGAAAUGGAAAGGAAUAAGAGGGAAGAGGAAGAGAGAAUUAGAAAAGAAACUGAUAUUCACCGGAUUUGGGUGCAGAAAAAACAUAAACAACUUAAGCAAGAACGAUUACUUCGGAAACGGCAACAACAAGAGAUGGACAGUGUCAAGAAAUAUCGAAGUCCAGAAGAAAUUGAAAAUGCUUAUCAAAGGUGGCUGGAAAGCAAAUAUCUUGAGAAAAAGAAACAGAAAUACUUAAAAAAACAGAAAAAUUGGUUUCAUCAGCGUUUGUUACAUCGUUCCAGAUUGAUUAAGAACAUGACAUGGAAUCUCUGCUUAAAUAAUUCUUUUCGGUAUAAAGAGCCAAGAAAUGCAGCUUUAAAACUGAAAUGAGCUGAACUGAGUUGAAUGGAGUGGAGUUGAACUGAGUUGAAUUGAAUUGAGUCAUCUAAAAAUCUAGAACAUUCUUUAUAUUCAAUUUUUCAUUAUUUUCAAGGCAGUAUUAGAAAUAGAUUUUUAUUUCCAUAUACAUUUUAAAAAUUAAAUAAACCCAAUUAUUUGAAUACA